UGCUAUGAUUGCCCGGACUCCAAAUCCAUCCCCAAAAUCACAUUUAAUUACCACAUUCAAAUCCGUAAGGCCUCCAUCCAUCCUAUUUAUAAACAACAAAACUUAUCAUCCCUUCUUUUUCCUUGCUACAUCGUUGAAAAAAAUUGUUCGCACAUUAAUUUGCUAAUAGUUUCUCAAACAGAUUUAACCUAAGUUCAUUCAAGUUCUUUAUAAAAUGGUGCAUUCACAAGAACAAAAAUUUACGAACAAUAACAAUUUCGUGAUUGAUGAUGAUGAAAAGGAGUUAGAAUUUGAUGAAACGUCGUCGUCGUUGUCGUCGUCAUCAUCGUCCGAUGAGUCAUCGGGAGAUGCGUUGUACGAAGACGUUUGUAUGUUUGGAUCGGGUGAUACGAAUGUUCUUCAGUGGCUAUUGGCUUUAGAUUUGCAGGUUAUGGGAGCUUGUAGAGUGGAUGAAAGGUUAAAGCCUUUAUUGAAGCUUAAUGUAUCCGCUGGUGCUGCUGAAGAUCGAUUGCUUGCUCAUCUUAGUCAAAACUUUGAUCCAUCAGAAGUUGGAAUGCUCGCCAGGUGUUUGUGCAUUCCACUCGUUUCAAUGCGUGUUGGGAAGAUCAGGAAGCAAGGGACUCUCUUGUGCCCGACUGCUACAAGGGGAAACUUAAACUUUGCAAUUCUGCCAACAUCGGACUUGCGUAUCUCAUUCAUUGGGGAUGAUGGCAGCACAGAGAGAGUUGCAACAUUUUGCAGGGAAUCUGAUUGUUCUGCUGUAGAGAUUAAAGAUAUUGCGGCAGACGCGUCUGGACGCUCUUUUCUUAUAAGUAUCCCUGAUGGUGAAACUUUCUACUUCUGGUGUUCAGAGAAAUCUAAGCUCCUUGGAGAUGAGUUGCGAAGAAAGAUGAGGGAUUUGGUUAAGAUGAAACCUUCCUUGGCUGAAUUAACUGGAAUCGAUGAAUCACGGAUUGACCGUUUCGCCAUUCAUCUUCGAGCUUAUCUCCACGGUUCAGCAGCCAUUAAUCCGCAAGCAAGUUCCAUGAUGUCGAGAGAUCCCUCCACAGCUGCCUCUGUUGAUUCUUCAGAACUUGGUCUUGAUGCCGAGGUAGCUGUUGCAUCUCAGAAACCUCUGCGGUCUGAGCACGUGAGUAGCCUAGGAUCAAACACCAGCCUGAUGAGUAGCCUUAGUCCUAUGUCUAAUGCUUUUAAAGAUAGCAUGCUCAGGAACUCAUCAUCAGCAUGUGUGUCUAGAGAUGGACCAAGGCACCAUGGUGAUAGCUAUCUUUCAUGUGUAGAUAGCCAGAUUGCAGGCACAAGUAGCACAGAUGCACCUAGUUCAACUUUUUUUGAAGACGACAAGAUUGGAAAAACUCGUCCUUCAGAUGUUUUGGAGCCCCUUGUUGCUGCCCCUCAUUUCCGAGGCUCUGCAGCUACUAUUCAUUCUCUGGAUUCAACAGUUCUCUCUCCUUACUAUUGUUGGUGUCCUCCUGCUGUGUCCACUCUGCAGUACUCAGUUGGAACUCCACAUUUGCCUAUUUUGUCCACAGACUCGUCAAUACCAUUUCUUUCUUCAAUAGCACCUUCUGCUUGUUCAUCUAGUCAUUUGACACCAAAGCCAUCUCUUGUUGCCGAUGUCUCCCCUUUAGAUUUCCCGCCUCUUCUGCCUGAGCCAUUGAUCAGGUUGCCAUUUUCUUUGGCAUCUUCUCAGCAAAUACCUACUUUCACACCUUUAGUAGGCGAUUCUAUAGUCCAUAUUCCAGUUAUUGACGUUUGCUCUUCUGGCCAAGGUUACUUUGUCAGUGCAGGUCCUGCUAUCUCUGGCAGUAUUCCACAGCUGCACCCAAAUUUAGUGAACCCCUUGAUUCCAGAAACAACAGAGUCAGUGGCUGAGAAAAGUGCCAGGGAGACGCUUCGGUUGCUCAUAAAUAACUCCAACCAGCCCAGCCCACAGCUGAUUGAUCUACUGCCUCCUGUGCUUUCUCGUAGUGGUGACGAGACACGAAAUAUGCUGGUUACUGGAAGCAGAGGACUUUACGAUUCCACCAUAGCAAAUGAUUUUGCAAUCAAGGGUUUGGUUUCACUAUCUGAAAAGAAGCCUGUUGCAUGGCUUGAUAAGAAGCAAAUUAAUGUACAAGAGUUGUUUGUUCCAAUGGAGAAACUAGGUAGUUCUGGUGAAUCUUCGGUGGAUGAUGGUUUUAUGGAUUUUGAGGAGGAAAGAAAGGAUUGAUAAACAUUGAGUUCUUUGUUUGCUUUUUAGUAUUUUUCAAGUUGUGCUGCAAAAAGCUGUGAAUAUUUUCUCUGUAGCGUUGUAUUGCCAAAUGUAAGUAAUCCCUAUGGGUAUCUCACAUCCGAUGUAUGUUGGGUCAAUGAGGGUGUGAAUGCUUGUAUUUGUUGAAUACUGCAGGAUAAAUAUUCGUAUGGGCGCCAA